GACAGACCGAAACACACAGGAGACCAGCAGGAGAGAGAGAGAGAGGAGGGAAGAAAGAAACAAAGGAAAAGAAAGGAAAGGAAGGAGCAAAGAAAGAAAGACGCAAAGAGAGGAAAAAAUAAAUAAAGAAGAGAACGCUCCUAACUUUGGGAAGAGGGACUUUUUUUAUAUAUAUUUUUUUUAUUAUUAUUAUUAUUAUUAUUUUUCUUUUCCCGUGCCGGACGCAGACAUGCGCUGGAAAAGUGAAGUCAAAGUGGAAUGCUGCGCGGUGAGCGACGGCGAGGGCGGAUCUCUGCUGUCCGACGGCGAGCUUCUCGUCAUGUGUGAGGACUGCAAGGGAGACGGAGAGCUGCCGGACGAGCGCGCCGAGGACGGGCGGGACAUGAUGGGCGCGCCAGUGGAAGUUUUGGAUGAAGACACUUCAUCUCCGCCGGCGAUGGCCUCCGCGCCUCUGCUGGGCAGGAGCGUGUGCGCCAACUGCAACGAGGAGAUAGUGGACAAGUAUUUAUUGAAGGUUAACGACUUGUGCUGGCAUGUGCGCUGCCUCUCCUGCAGCGUGUGCCAAACCUCGCUUGGCAGCCACGCCAGCUGCUACAUCAAGGAGAAGGAGGUUUUCUGCAAACUGGAUUACUUCAGACGGUACGGCACGUGGUGCGCGUGCUGCGGCAGGAACAUCCACUCCACGGACUGGGUCCGCAGGGCCAAGGGCAACGUCUAUCACCUGGCCUGCUUCGCCUGCUUCUCCUGCAAGAGGCAGCUCUCCACCGGGGAGGAGUUCGCCCUGGUGGAGGGCAAAGUGCUCUGCAGGGUCCAUUACGACUGCAUGCUGGACAACCUCAAGAGGGCCGUGGAGAAAGGAAGCAGCGUUAACAUGGAGGGAGCCGUGCCGACGGAACAAGAAAUCAAUCAGCCGAAACCGUCCAAGAGAGCUCGAACCAGCUUCACAGCCGACCAGCUGCAGGUGAUGCAGGCUCAGUUCGCUCAGGACAACAACCCCGAUGCUCAGACUCUGCAGAAGCUGGCAGAGCAGACUGGCCUCAGUCGGAGAGUCAUACAGGUCUGGUUCCAGAACUGCCGAGCUCGCCACAAAAAGCACGUGAGCCCCAAUCACACGUCGAGCACUGCCAUGGCCUCCCUGCAGACCGGCCGCCUGUCCCAGCCCACCCCGACCCCUGAAGAGCUGCAGUACACAGCCUACGGCGGCCCAGAAGGCUCAAUGCUCUCAGCGCUACACUCCUUCAUUGACAUACACUCUCCUCCCUCCAUGUUUCAGCCGCUGCUGCCUGCCCACGCCAUGACCUCCUUGCCUGUGUCUCACGCCUAGCUGCUCUCUCUCUCUCACACACACACGCACGCGCACACACACGCACACACACCCCCGUACAGCUUCAGACCUCACCAGCGUUUCUUCUCCAUAACCAGCUGCAGUAUUUUGAUGCUCAAGGUAAAUAUGAUUUGAUGUUCAUCACAUAAUUUCAUUCAAACUUCAAGAAAUUCAUCCUUCCAUGUCUGUAUUUAAAAAACAAAAACAUUGUUGAAGACCAUGACUUACAGUCCUCUGUGUACUGUAUAAUGUGGAAAUGCAAAAUUUUCAGUGUACCUCAUAGAGCUGUGACACACGGCAGUAUAUUUGUUCAUGUUGUUGGUGACAAUGUCUGACUGUGCUACUCCAUGUUAAAAGCCAAGAGGCUUGAAACUCCGUAUGAAGGUGAACAUGAAUUUGUUUUGUAUAAAUGUUGCAAUUUAAUUUAUUGUAUGUGAAGUUUCUGUUUCAAGAAUAAAGGACUAAUUUCACAAA